UGAAACUAGUAGGCAGGUAUGUUGAAGGACCCAACAUGUUAGGACUGGUCAUCUGGUCAUUCGCCAUCGGUAUCCUGUUAAACAGGGUGGGACAGGAGGCAAGAAUCACUGUGGAGGCCAUUCAAUGCCUCAACGAUGCCAUAAAAAUCAUAGUCAACUGGAUUUUGUGGUACUUGCCAAUCGGAGUUAUGUUCCUGAUCACAGAACAUGUGUUGGGGAUUACAGACUGGCGCGCUGUCCUUAAGCUCACAAAGCUCGUAGGAGUGGUUUUUGCAGGGUUAGCAAUCCAAGCCUUCGUUCUUUUCCCCGUGAUUUACUUCAUUCUCACCAGACGGAACCCUUUUCUUAUCUUCAAGCACAUCUCUAGGGCUUUGACGACAGCAUUUAUCAUUGCAUCCAGUGCCGCCACUCUGCCUGUCACCUUGCAAUGCUGUGAAGAGAACGUGAAGGUUGAUAAGAAACUCUGCCGCCUUAUGUUGCCCAUCGUCACCAGCAUCAAUAGGACUGGAAUGGCAUUCUAUGAAGUGGUCGCUGUCGUCUUUAUUGCCCAGCUUAAUGACAUCACGCUGGAAGUCGGCCAGAUCAUCGCCAUUGGCUUGUCUAGUGCCAUUGUCACCUUUGGAAGUGCAGGGAUCCCAGUAACAGGAGCUGUGACCACGAUCCUGAUUCUGACAGCUGUGGGACUGCCUGCAGAGGAUGCUGCCAUUCUGGUUGGGGUGGAGUGGAUUCUAGACCAUUUCAUCACCGUGGUGAAUGUGCUGGCAAAUGUCUUUGGUGUUGCUAUCACCAACCAUGUGUGGCAUGACGACCUAAUAAGCCUGGACAAAAUACCAAGCCUCGAUGAGGCUCAUCCCACUAAGGAUAUCGAGCUGGACUUAUCCUUUUUGGAAUCUGAUGAAGAGUUCAUCCCCCCCGUUUCCGCCUCUCCUACAAGAUCCAAUUCACCCCGAAGAGGGUAUCAUCGCAACAUCGUAACACCAACAAGCUGAAACCUCUGGACAGGGAUGUCACCAUCCUGAGACAACAGAAAUAUUUCUCCAGUGUUUCCUCACUAAUCAACAUGAGCUGCCACAGAGUCUCUCAUUUUUUCCCAUUUACUGGUUAAUUGAAUCCACCGUUGUCUUCUUGAUGGUAACAGCUGUGCCUUGCUGUCUGAUUAUGCUCCGUAGGUAUUUAGUCUUUCGUUUCUUA